AUGCUGGGGGUGGUCACGGCAGCGGUGGCCGGGCUGCUGCUGCUGCUGCUGCUGCUGCUGCGGGACCGCUUGUUCCCCUUCCUCUGGGCGGACCUGGGCAUCUUCGUGGCCUUGGCGGGGGCUUCGCUGCGGUGUCACCGCCGCCUGUCCCGCCGGCCCGCCGUCACCCUCCUCGAGGUGUUCCAGGAGCACGCUCGACGCCAACCCGACCGCACCCUGCUGCUGUUCCAGGACGAGCUCUACACCUACCGGGACGUGGAGCAGCUCAGCACCCGCGCCGCCCGCGUCUUCUCCCAGCGCUUGGGCUUGCAGCCGGGCCAGACCGUGGCCGUUUUCCUCCCCAACGAGCCCACCUACAUCUGGACAUGGUUGGCGUUGGCCAAGCUGGGCUGCGCCAUGGCGUGCCUCAACUACAACGUGCGGGGCCAGGCGCUGCUGCACGCGCUCGCUGCCGCUCGGGCCACCUUCGUGCUCGCCAGCACCGAGCUCCAGGACGCCCUGGAGGAAGUGCUGCCAGACCUGCAGCGUGACGGCAUCAAGGUCUUCUACCUGAGCUCCAAGUCGCCCACGCCGGGUGUCGAGGCCCUGCUGCCUGCCAUCAAGACGGCCUCCGACGAGCCCCUGCCCGGCCACUACCGCGCCGGCAUCACCGCCAGCUCCAAGGCCAUCUACAUCUACACCUCCGGCACCACCGGGCUGCCCAAAGCGGCGGUGAUCACGGAGCUGAAGCUGAUGAUGGUGGCCAACCUGGGCCGGAUCUGCGGGCUGCGGGCCACCGACCACAUCUACACGACGCUGCCGCUCUACCACUCGGCCGGGCUGCUCAUCGGGGUGGGAGGGUGCCUCGAGGUCGGAGCCACCUGCGUCCUGCGUGCCAAGUUCUCUGCCUCCCAGUUCUGGGACGACUGCCGCCGCUACAACGUCACCGUCAUCCAGUACGUGGGCGAGCUCAUGCGCUACCUCUGCAACACGCCCAAGCGCGACAACGACCAGAAGCACGGGGUGCGUUUGGCAGUGGGCAACGGCCUGAGGGCGGAGGUGUGGAAGGAGUUCCUCCAGCGCUUCGGGCCCAUCUCCAUCUGGGAGUUUUAUGGGGCCACCGAGGGCAAUGCCGGCUUCAUCAACUACACCGGCAAGAUCGGGGCCGUGGGAAGAGCAAAUGCGUUCCUCAAGAGUAUCGCUCCCUUUGAGCUGAUCAAGUACAACGUGGAGCAGGACGAACCCAUACGCGACGAGCGAGGAUUCUGCAUCCGCGUCCGCCCCGGUGAGACGGGGCUGCUGGUCAUCAAAAUCACCAAGAACACCCCCUUCUAUGGCUACGCGGGCGAUUCCAAGAAGACAGAGAAGAAGAUCUUGAGAGACGUCUUGGUCAAAGGCGACGCCUUCUUCAACAGCGGUGACCUCCUCAUGAUGGACCACGAAAAAUUCGUCUACUUCCAGGACCGUGUGGGAGACACUUUCCGCUGGAAAGGGGAGAACGUGGCCACGACAGAGGUGGAGGCCACUCUGGCCAUGGUGAACUUCAUCCAGGAGGUCAACGUCUACGGGGUGUCCGUGCCGGGGUGCGAGGGGAAGUGCGGCAUGGCAGCCAUCCGCCUGGAGCCCGGGAUGAGCUUCGAGGGCGAGAACCUCUAUGCCUUCACCAGGGAGACGCUGCCCAGCUACGCGGCCCCCCGCUUCGUGCGCAUCCAGGAAGCCCUGGAGAUCACGGGGACCUUCAAGCAGUGCAAAGGCAACCUCGUCAGAGAAGGCUUUGACCCCAACAUCAUCAAGGACCCGCUCUUCUUCCGCGACGAGAAGAAGAAAUCCUACGUGCCCAUGAACGCCGACAUCUACGCUGCCAUCCAGGAGGCGAAGCUCAACCUGUAG